UCAGCAAAAGCUCAUAUUGGUAAUUUGUCAAACAUGUUCUUAAAGUUUAUGUUUACACAACUAUAUUGAAACCAUGAAAUGCAUACUGGUCUUUUCUUCUGUUUACCCUUCUUUUGUUAACUGAGAGAAUGGAAGGGAAGAAGGAAAUGAGUCUCCUCUUAUCACCAAACAGACCAAACUGGGAUUUGAGCAUGAGGGUCAGGUUGUGCAUAAAAGCUCCUCCCCUAUUCACAGACUUGAACCACCCAGCCUGAAAAUAAAAGGAAAAGGCAAACUUGGAUAAUCCUGGAAUAGAAAGCUGCACUUCUUCUUUUAUUAGUUGUGUGAUUUUUCGCAACCAUGGGCAACAAACCCUCACGUCAAAAAGAACUACUGAAAAAAAAGGAAACUAUCUUCCAUUCUCAGAAGAAAAAGGUGUACAGGAUUCCUGCUCUCUUCUACAAUAGAGAUGAAAACAUUUUAAUGGCAUUUGCAGAAAAGAGGAAGACUGAAAAAGAUUCCCACACAAAGGCGUUGGUAAUGAAGAAAGGAAAGGUGACGAAGGAUGAAAAUCAUGAAGUGACAGUCGAGUGGUCAGAGGAGGAAACGGUGAUCAAGAAACACCGUCUUGGAUACUGUCCUGGAUACCGUCCUAUGAACCCGUGCCCUCUUUAUGAGAAGACCACCAAAACACUCUUCCUGUUUUUCAUCCUUGUGAAAGGCGAAGAGCAGUGGCAGAUAGAUCAUAACACCAACAAAGCUCGUCUCUGCUAUGUUAAGACUACUGAUGCUGGUCAGAGUUGGAGUGACGUUACGGAUUUGACUGACUCAUUUCAUGAAAUCAAAACCUGGGCCACGUUUGCUGUCGGGCCAGGGCAUGGUUUUCAAACAGAGAGUGGAAGAUUGAUCGUCCCAGUUUAUGCUUAUGUUUAUAGCUCUGGUACAAAGGCACUGGGAAAACAUUCAACCUCACAUGCAAUCUCCCUGUAUAGUGACGACAAGGGCAAAACAUGGCAAUUUGGCAAGAUGUUUGCCAAUGAAAAUGACUUACUUGAAUGUCAAAUGGCAGAGUUUAUCGACGUUGGGGGUGAAAGCGUAAUCUACUGCAAUGCACGCACUAAGGGAUGUUACCGAGAGGAAUACGUCAGUCAUAAUGGAGGAGUGGAUUUUUCCAUGCUGAGCGGUGUUAGAAAUCUUGUAGAAACAGGUGCUAAAGGCUGUCAAGGAAGUGUUGUCUCAAUUCCAGAUCAAGAUGACAUUGGAGGGGAGGAUUCACGUCAGAACCAAAACAAGUGGCUGCUUUUCACCCACCCGAUCGAUACAUCCGAAAGAUCAACAUUAGGAGUUUAUGUGAAUAAAUCUCCACAAAACCCAACUGCAUGGAGCAUUCCCUGGAUUAUUAACUGUGGUCCCAGUGGUUACUCAGACCUAGCUUACAUUGGUGAGGGUUUUUUUGCAUGUCUUAUGGAAUGUGGACUGAAGAAGGACAAUGAGCAGAUUGCCUUUGAGAUCUAUAGCUACAGUGGUUUCAAGCACGCCAAAACUUGUCUAUUUGGCUAAAUCACAGAUGAGUUUUAUUUUACUCAUAUAAGGCCUUAAAAUACCCUGUAGUGUAAUACUAUUGCACUGAAAUCCCAUUCAUUACUUCUGAAUGUAAAAUGUGUUGUAUCAGGGUAGCAGAAAAUGAUCAUGCCUCUGUCUAAACUAAUAACCCAAAAAAUGUUAGUUUGGCUUAUUUGAAGCAAAUUUAUCCGCAUGUUUCUUGUUGUUCUGUUUGUAUCUUAAUGCUUUAUUGCACUUAUUGUGAGUCACUUCGGAUGAAAGCGUCAGCUAAAUGAAAUGUAAUGUAUUAAAUAUUAUCUAUCAAAGCAAUAAUUACUUGCAUCAACUAAAAUGGUCUUGUUCUUUGUUUUAUUUCAGCUGUUUCAACUUUAAAAAUGAUGUAUGAUAUAGUACUUACAUUUUCUACUUAAUUGGUGUCAGUUAUUCAAGAAUAAAACAUACAUUUUGACAAACAAAAGGUCUUAUGAGAGGUUUGUUUUAAAUGUUUCUGAAUAAUAAGGUAAAGGGAUUUCUUUUGACUGGAAAACCAAACAGCAUAAAACCUCUUCCUUGUUUUUGCAUUUGCAUUUAGUACUUUCACAGCGAGGUUCCUAAAACAUUAUUAUCAUUUGUUAAAAGUCGACCUUUUUUCACCAUGUAAUCAAAGUCUGACCAAAACUUGCUGCUAUUUCUACCAAUAAAUUAUUCACCAACUUUGA